UGACCGCGGGUCUUCAUUCCCAGGGUUCCGUGAGAGCCUUUUGCCCCACCCCACCUCUCCAGCGCUAUCUAACUCAAUGUACAAUUCUCUGAAAGAAAAAAGAGGGGCAAAAAUAAUUCAGAGAAAUACUGCAAAGGAGCGAGUCCCGCACAGGCGACCGGUUCUUCGGAGCAGCCGCGGCCCUUUUCGGCACCGGAUGGGUGAUUGAAAACACCGCGGUGUGUUCAUGUAUCAUGCACAUGUAACCACAACCUGCCGCACGGAUUCAAAGGAGAUACAAAAAGCCGAGAGACUUGACAGCGGACUGUAUUUGCGCCAAACGGGGUAAAUAGCGAAGGAUUCCCACCAAUAUCACCUGGAUAUUGUUGCGUUACGGUGAAGGACAUCCAGCUGCCGAAAGCCGCCGCCUCUGCUCGGCUGGAGAAGCUUUCCGAUGUGAGGAGAAAUACAAAUCAACGUUACGGGAAGAAAGAGGACGAAGACGGGGCCUUUUCUCCUUUUUCUUUUUUAUUAGGUCUGGAUAAACCCUCCUGGGAAAAAACAAACACCAUAAUUCUGACAGAAGAAGCUAAAGUAGAACAUUAUUAAAGAAAAGGUUGCUGACAUCUGCCCUUCUUAAAUCUAUGUGAGGAGGAAGUAUUUAUAUUUUAUGUUUCAAUUACCCCCUCACAUCUUCAAAUGUGUUUCAGGUGAACAUUUUAAACACAUUUAGAGAAAAAAGUCUAAAGGCGGUUGAGGAAAGCGGCUCCGGCUGUUUGUGGGGAAGGAUUGAAUGGCUGUGGGAGAAAUCCGCUGAAGCUCCGAAGGAGACAUUCGCUGAAAGCAAUUAACGUCAAAGCCUAAAAAAUACAUGAUAACAAUAUACAUUUAAAAGAAGCCUGCCUGGUGUUUGGAUUUAAAACGAAAUCCGGACUGUUCAUUCAUGUGCGGCGAGGAGCUGGAAAUUUCACAUCCUCUCAUAUCAGUGUUGAUGACUUCAUUGCGGAUUUACAGUAGAAAAAAACAACAACACACACACAGUCAUAUUAACACGCUGAAGCGUGUGUGAGGGCGGCAUCGCUACUCUGCACCUGAAUCCCUGGCUGAUAGUUUCCCAGUAAAUAGCCUCAUCCAUAAACACCAAUGUCACACAUCUUGAGCCAGAUGUUCCACUGGUGGUCCAGUUCAGGAAUCUAGGAUUCAGCAUCCUCCCAUCUUUUUACACCCAGGCAUCCUUCCCUCCCCCCCACCCGAACCUCUCACUGGGAAUUUUUUGGGAGAAGAUGGGCUGUCUUGGGAAUAGUAAAACCGAAGAUCAGCGAAAUGAGGAGAAAGCACAGAGAGAGGCCAACAAGAAGAUAGAGAAGCAGCUCCAGAAAGACAAACAGGUCUACCGGGCCACUCACCGGCUGCUGCUAUUAGGGGCUGGAGAAUCUGGGAAAAGUACCAUUGUGAAGCAGAUGCGAAUAUUACACGUGAAUGGCUUCAAUGCAGAGGAGAAAAAACAGAAAAUCCAUGAUAUCAAAAACAACAUAAAAGAAGCUAUAGAGACGGUCGUGGCGGCCAUGAGCACACUCACGCCUCCCUGUAAGCUAGCUUGUCCUGCAAACCAGUUCCGGAUCGACUACGUCCUGAGCCAAGCAAGCCAGAAAGAUUUUGAGUUUCCUUCAGAGUUUUAUGACCACACAAAGACCCUCUGGCAGGAUGAAGGUGUGCGGGCAUGCUGGGAAAGGUCCAAUGAAUAUCAGCUCAUCGACUGCGCGCAGUACUUCUUAGACAGGAUUGAUGUGGUCAGGCAGAACGACUACACACCUACUGAUCAGGACCUCUUGCGAUGCAGAGUACUCACAUCUGGGAUCUUUGAGACAACUUUUCAAAUAGACAAAGUCAAUUUCCAUAUGUUCGAUGUCGGCGGUCAGAGGGAUGAACGCCGAAAAUGGAUCCAGUGUUUUAAUGAUGUGACGGCGAUCAUCUUUGUGGUGGCGAGCAGCAGCUACAACAUGGUGAUCAGAGAAGAUAACCAGACUAACCGACUACAGGAAGCCCUCAAUCUGUUCACAAACAUUUGGAACAACAGGUGGCUACGGACCAUUUCUGCAAUUCUCUUCCUGAACAAACAGGACCUACUGGCUGAGAAGGUUUUGGCAGAAAAAUCCAAAAUUGAGGAAUAUUUCCCAGAGUUUGCACGCUACACCACACCUGAUGACGCAAUACCGGAGCCAGGGGAAGAUCCUCGGGUUACCAGAGCAAAGUACUUCAUACGGGAUGAGUUUCUGGUGUGUACAAAGAACAAACUCAACCAGACGAUCAGCACAGCCAGCGGAGGCGGACGGCAUUACUGUUACCCACACUUCACCUGCGCGGUCGACACAGAAAACAUCCGUCGUGUCUUCAAUGACUGUCGCGACAUCAUACAGAGGAUGCACCUACGGCAGUAUGAGCUCUUGUGAUCCACAGUGCCACCACGCCCACUUAUUUACCCACUGCCCUGCUUAGCAACACGCCCCCACCACCACUGUCACAACAACCAGUUAGCUACUUACCCCUCCACUUCUACUAAACUCACCUGACAACCCCCCCCCCUCCCACCUCGAUGCCACCUCUCCUGCUCCGAAACAACAAAAAACUGAAACGCCUUUUUUCUUUUGUUAAAAAAAAAUAAAACGGUUCUAUCAGCCAACAGCCUGGACUGGCACCUCGAUCCAGGAUAGAGGGUAGAGACUGGAACCCUUCCGUUUAUUUCUGUCUGACAUGUAUGAACACACACUCACAAGUACACACACACACUUCAGAAUAAGACACUCAAACGUUUAUUAUAACGGCCACUCAGUCAUUUAGUCCUGCGCCUCUAAAAAUGGUCAAAAUCAAAUAAAGCGUUCUCCGAGAGGACUCGGUUUACCGUGUGCUGACGAGAAGCAGAGGACGGAGUACACGGACGGCGGCGAGUGGCUACAGGUGGCUUUUCUUCUGAUGAACGAGAGCGUGACUCUGAGAUGAAGACUCAAGAAAUCAGCUGAGGAAUAUUUACAGAAAAUAAAUAAACAAAACAUGAAAGAUGAGAGAAUAAUGCAUACCAGUGAACUUCAUGCAGUGCAAAAUAAUCCACAUAUAUAUAUAUACAUAUAUAUAUGUAUAUAUAUAUAUGUAUAUAUAUACAUAUAUAUAUAUAUACAUAUAUAUAUGUAUAUAUAUAUAUGUACAUUCCUGUAACAUCACAGGUCAACUUUUGAGUUUUUUGGUUUUGCCCAUGUUGUGUGUUAGUGUGUGAGAGAGAUAUCUGCCUUUAUGCAACUUCUCCCGACACUAUCACACACACACACACGCACGCACACACGUACAUACGUAUGAUCCAGCCCUCAUUGGUUUCCAACUUCCUCCUUUUGUCUUGUUCUCUCACCUUCUCCUCGGCUUUAAGGACGGCCGUCUUUUCAUUUACUGCUGGACUAUUAUUCUUGUACAAACUGUAAAAUGUAUUAUUUUGUACAACUUUACUGAAGAAAAGAAAAUAUCUUGUAGAAGAUCCCUGUGCCUUCAUCACGACUGUCCGUGUAAAAAUGAGCUAAUAUGUGAGUUCUGUAUUCACUGCGCUGUACAGGUCUGUUCCACCUCGUUCAGACCAGCUCACCCCGCCGCCGCCCGGGGCGGUGAGGGCAUCGGGUCCAUGAGGACACCUUUCAUCUGUUGCUUUGUUUUUUGUUUUUUUUUUAACAUUUGUGGAUGAAUUAAUUUGUUCUGCUUUGACUCUUUUCUGGUUUAUAUAAUAGAAAUUUAAAAAUGAAAGAUAUCAGACACUCUUAUGCUGUGUAGUGAAGCAUAAUGAACCUUAACACAACUUGAUAUAUAUAAAAUAUAUUCCAGAUUUUAUAUUUUAUAUAUAUGAACUGUACACCUCUAUCUGUCUACUUUGUGAGUUUCUUAUUUUUUUUCCGUUAAAAGAACUCAAGUUGGGGUGCAAAGUGGUGGAUGUUUCAGUUUUUAUCUAUUUAUUUUUUUCUAAUUUAGUUUGAACUAAAGAAUGAGGAAAUAUCCAGAUGCAACACAUUUCUUGUUUUACCAACUUAUAUUUUUUAGGAGUUUUUUUUUUUUUUUGCCUAAACAAGAGGAGAUGAUUCGUUUCCACAGCUGUAGUUCACAUCACAAUCAGUCAGCCGUCAGCUCAUCAGACAUAAUAAAGUCAAUGAAAACGCAAGAAUUUUGUAAUAAAGGCUAAAGUCAGAAAGGGAA